AUGUCCUCCUCCCCCUCCAGGACCGUCGCCAUCAUCGGUGCCAGCUACGGCGGCGCACGCGUAGCCCACCUCCUCGCCCAAGGCCUCCCGGAACGAUGGCGGGUCGUCCUUAUCGACAGGAACAGCCACAUGAACCACCUCUACGUCCUCCCCCGGUACUCAGUCCUCCCCGGCCACGAGCACAAGGCCUUCAUCCCGUACAAGAACGUUUUCCUGCCCCCGCCCGCCUUCGACGCUCCUUCCACCUCAUCCCCUCCGUCCCCUAUCGGCAGCUCUCCCCACGUCUUCCUCCACGCCGCCGUCACCUCGCUCUCCGAACACUCGCUCGUCCUCGACAGGGCAUUUCCCGAACACGGCGUCGCGGAAUCGGACCGUACCCUCCACUUUGACUUCCUCGUCUACGCACUCGGCAGCCACCUUCCCGCCCCUAUCAAUCUCUGGGGCCCCGUCGCGGACGAGGACGUCGAGAAGGCGGACGUGCUCGACGUCUCGCGCGGCACGAAGGAAGGCGGCGUCGUAUGGCUGAAGAGGUUCCAGAAGCGCGUAGAGCGCGCCUCGAGCGUCCUCGUCGUCGGAGGCGGCGCCCUCGGUAUCCAGUUCGCAUCUGACAUCGCGGAGAUACACCCGGCGACCCGCGUGACCCUCUUGCACUCGCGGGCCCGCCUGCUGCCGCGCUUCGACGAGGGCAUGCACACCGAGAUCCUCUCGACGCUCGCGACGCUCAACGUCUGCACCAUCCUCGGCGACCGCCUCGACCUCUCCUCGCUCCAGCAGAAGCGCACGCAGGACGGCGAGCGCGUCGUGCGCACCCAGAGCGGCCGUGAAAUCCGCGCCGAGCUCGUCCUCCUGUGCACGGGACAGACGCCGAACACGGCCCUGCUGCGCGAGGCGUUCCCGGAGUCCGUGAUCCCCGACGGACCGGACAGGGGCAUGGCGCGCGUGCGGCGCACGCUCCAGCUCGCGAAGCCGGCGCCCAUCGACGCGCUGCCCGAGAUAGAGGAGGACCCGGCGACGCGCGUCGCCGCGGAGCACGUCUUCGCGAUCGGGGACGCGGCGGACGCGUUCGGCGCGGUGAACGCGGGCCACAACGCGUUCUUCCAGGGCGAGGUCGCCGCGCGGAACGUCCUCCGGCUCGUGCGGCGCAGGGAGGGCCUCGCGGCGGCGUCGGAGGACCGGACGCUCGAGAGGUACGCGCCGGGCCCGCCCGCGAUCAAGGUCUCGCUCGGUCUGAACAAGAGCGUGUACCAGUUCCAGGGCGUGAUCGGCACGAAGGAGCAGGAGCCGCCGGACCUCGACGUGCACCUCAUCUGGCGGUACUAUGGGUACCACGUCUCGCGCGAGGACCUCGAGGCCGACUUCGAGGCGUCUGCACCCGCGGACGCUAAGUAG